AUGUCUUUUGUCUCUCAGUCUCAAUCUAACGUUUCUAUUGAGUUUGAUGAUGUUGGGUUACUAGAAAGAAUGAUCACAUUCGCUCUGUCCACAAUCCCAUGCUGUGUGUUUCUCUUCAUUAAUGGAACCAUUUUGUUCACUCUGAGGAGUAAAUCUGUUUUUCGUGACACCUGUAGAUAUAUUCUGUUGUUUAACCUCCUUCUUGCAGAUACUGCACAGUUAGUAGUAUCUCAGGUUCUGUUUCUACUUUCUGUUUGUAGAAUUACACUAACAUAUCCUGUUUGUGGCAUGCUAACUGUUUUAGGUAUUCUCACAAAUGUAAUCUCUCCUCUAACGCUGAUGGUGAUGUCUCUGGAGCGGUGUGUAGCUGUGUGCCUCCCGUUGAGACAUGUUAUGAUUGUCACCAUCAGAAACACAAGACUGGCAAUUAUUGCAGUUUGGACUUUGAGUUCAUUACAUAAUAUAUUCCGUGGUAUUUUGCUAUUAGAUUUUUCUUUUGAAGACCUAGGUAGUCUACAAAUGAAAGAGAUAUGCUCUGAUCACAUAAUGCAGCUUGGAUCCAGGUCUAAAGUUUAUGAUAUUGCUUUCACUGGUAUCCUUUUUGCUUCAGCAGCCAUUGUAGUCAUUUCUUCCUAUGUUGGUGUAAUAAUAGCAGCCAGGUCAGCAUCUACAGGGAAAGCUUCAGCUCUGAAGGCUCGUAAUACAUUGAUGCUACAUUUGGUGCAAUUAUGCCUCAGUUUGUCUUCAACUAUUUACAACCCAAUGCUUAUAGCUCUUAUAAAAAUUGUUCAAAGUGAAUGGUUUCAACGAUUACAUAGAUUUCUGUAUAUAUUAAUGAUUAUAUUCCCCAGAUGCUUGAGUUCUUUAAUUUAUGGCCUUAGAGAUCAAACUAUCAGACCUAUUCUUCUGGUCCAUCUAGGUUGCCAACUAAAACAUAAAACUGUUGCAUUCAGUGGUUGA